AUGUCAUCAGCUCCUGAUAUAGAUCCAUAUGCUGCGCUAGGAGUAGCCAAAGAUGCGACCCUCUCCGAGAUCCGGGCCGCCCAUCGAAAGCGAGUGCUGAAAUGCCACCCAGACAAGAUUCAAGAUGAGUCGCAGCGGAAUGCCGCCCAAGAUGAAUUCCAGAGAGUUCAACAGGCCUAUGAACUUCUUUCAGAUGAGUCCCGGCGAACCAAAUAUGACGCCAAAGUCAACAGAUUAGCCGAAUUGAAGGCCGAGCUGGAGCGCAGACGAGCAGAGUCAUAUGGCUCUCCACGAGGAAGUGGUUCCAACAACCGAGAAUACCGCAAUGGUCGGAUUGUGGAGGAACGAGUCCCCUUGGAAGUAUAUCUCGAUGAAUCAUUGCGAUUCACGGAGGAACCACGUCCGAUGUCUCGCAAGCAUGAGGAGUAUGGCAUGCGAUCCAAGGCCAAGCCCACGGAGGAAAGGAAGAAGAAAACUGCCACGCCGAUGAGUGCGUAUUACGCCGCAAAGGAGCAGCGGGAAUCGACCAAGGCCACCCAUUCCGACCGUGCCAAGACCCGCGAUCAAGAGCGACGACGACAAGCGUCGGCCAAAUACGACACCUUCGAAUCUUACGCUGAAUCCGAUGAUGCUUCAGACUCCAGUGCUCCUCGCUACGUCUUCACCAAGCGAACAGCAACCCCGCGCCGAGAGCGCGAAUCCCGAUCCAGGCCAGAGUCCUCUCGCCGCGAACGCUACGAUGACGAUGAUUUCUCCGAUCAUUGGCAAAGCAAGAUUAAUAGUCGAACGACCAGCGCGGAGGACUACAUCGCAUCCAAGGGUCGAAUCUCGAAUUCCCCACGCCGAUACCAUGGUUACGACUCAACGGAACCAGAAUCGCCCGGUACGCGGCCCUCGGGACGGUCCACCCGCCCUACAACAAGACAUCCGUCAACAUCCCGCAACAACUCCUACGACUACAUUGAGUCGCCUCGCGAGAAGCCGAAGAUGCCAACCGCCACAACUUCCCCAAGCAUCAAGAGCUCUCUCCGCCCCUCAUUCCUGAACCACCGCGCAGCAACCUCCAGCGGCUUCAGUCGUCCCAAGCGCGAUAACACGCUCUACGGAAUGGCCCACGAACCCAUGCCCUCACGCCCCUCAAAGCCCCGCGAUCGCUACGAUUCUGGAUAUUCGAGCCCAACGACGCCCGAAAUGCCCACGCGGGGUAAUUCCCCUAAGACACAUACCCGCUACAAGAUUGUCGAGGAGCCAGACCGCGUCGUUGUCGAGCCAAAGUCCGCCUCUUCGAAGUACCGCUCCUCAUCCCCAGACCGUGCCGAACGCACCUCUUCGUCGGCGCGCCAGCCCCCCAAGCGGAGUAGUACAUUCCAGAGUUACUCGACUGAAUCGCCAUCAUCUCCUCGCAUUGAAGUCCGCUCUUCGCGACCUUCAAGACCGGCAACCUAUCGUGAUGCCGAUUAUUCUCCUCGUCCGAAGGAGAAGGAUGUGAAAUACUCUCGUGCUUAUAGGCCUGAGGACGUCAGUUACUCGCCGCGUCGCCCUUAUUAUGACGAGGAUUAUCGUCCUCCUGCUGUGGGCAGACGACAGUCUGCUUACUAG